UUCGCUUCAUGGCCCUAUCCCUCCGACUCUAGCGAAAUUGAGGAACUUGACUCAUCUCUAUUUGCAAGGAAAUGCCUUCAACGGAUCUAUUCCUCCGGAAAUAGGGAACUUGACAGACUUGGCAUAUCUGAGUAUGGAAGAGAAUACAUUCAGUGGAUGUAUCCCUUCAGAAAUAGGAUUCUUAACGGGUCUCACUCAUCUAGAUUUGAGCUUUAACAACUUCUCAGGAAAAAUCCCCCAAGAACUUGGGAGUUUGGUCAUGUUAACCUAUCUCAAUCUUCAAAACAAUUCUCUUCACGGUUCAGUUCCCAAUUUCAAAAAGCUUUCCAAAUUGGAUCACAUCGACUUAUCGUACAAUCAUCUUACAGGAAAUGUUCCACAAAAUCUGUUCAAUGCUCGUUAUACAUCUUUCAAAGGCAAUGAAGUUUUGGAAUAUACUGCCAUGGAAGCAGAGGCAAAUGCUCUUCGUCGGAGUGGGUGGUGGCCUUACCCCCUUACAAGUAACGUUUCCUUAGCAUAUUGCAUGUGGCCUGGCAUUUCAUGCGACCAUUCCGGAAGCGUUGUCAAGAUAAACAUAACACAACGAGGCCAAUACGACUACAUGGUCGCACUUGAUUUGAGCAGCAUGAAUUUCUCGCUGCUCUCGAAUCUGGCCUUUCUUAGGGUGCAUCAUGAUAAUUUGGGUAAUAUCUUUCCCCUUCAAAUAUGUGCACUCCCAAAGCUCUGGCACCUCAACUUGUCCCACAAUCAGCUAACCGGUGAGUUCCCUCUUUGUCUCCAAAACCUCACCAUGUUAGAAGUAAUUGACAUUCAUAGUAAUUACAUUUAUGGUUCAAUCCCCCCCGAAUUGGGAAAUCUAAAUAGUCUUAGAUACCUGGAUCUGAGUUCCAAUUCGUUUUGGGGGAUGAUCCCUCCGACUCUUGGUCACAUAGAUUACAUUGACUUGUCAUACAAUUAUCUCACGGGAAAAAUUCCAAAUAAUCUGGCCCAUGUUCCUUAUGGAGCUUUCAUAGGCAAUGAAGGUUUGGAAAAGAUUGAUGGUUCGGAAAAGAUUGAUGGUUCCAGAAGAAUGUUUAGGGUUGUGCUUAUGACAAUACUUAUACCACUGACGGCUAUAACAUUCAUUUUCUAUUUUGUUUUGCGCCCUCCAAUCAUAUUUCGACGUAGAAAGAAGAGCAUGCAAUCAGAGACAAUGGAAAAAAAUGGAGAUUUCUUGUCAAUAUGGAAUUAUGAUGGGAGAAUUGCAUAUGAAGACAUAAUCAAUGCAACAGAAGACUUUGAUAUCAAAUAUUGCAUUGGAACUGGUGGAUACGGUAGUGUCUAUAGAGCACAAUUGCCCAACGGGAAAAUCGUGGCACUAAAGAAACUUCACCAUCUUGAAUCAGAGGACCCAUCUUUCGACAAGAGCUUCCGAAAUGAAGUGAAGCACUUGACAGAAGUACGACAUAGAAGCAUAAUUAAGCUCUAUGGAUUUUGCUUACACGAGCGAUGCAUGUUCUUGAUUUAUGAGUACAUGGAAAGGGGAAGUCUAUUCUGUGUUUUGAGAGAUGACUAUGAAGCGGUGGAACUAGAUUGGUCAAAAAGACUCAAGAUUGUCUGGGAUAUAGCACAUGCCUUGUCUUACCUACACCAUGAUUGCGCUCGGCCAAUCAUUCAUCGAGACAUAUCUAGCAACAACAUUUUGCUCGACAACAAAAUGCAGGCUUUCGUAUCAGAUUUCGGCACGGCAAGACUCAUGGAACCUAAUUUCUCAUCUAAUCUCACUGCAAAUAUUGUAGGCACUCAUGGAUAUAUAGCACCAGAGCUCGCUUACACUUUGAUCGUCAAUGAGAAAUGCGACGUAUACAGCUUCGGGGUGGUAGCAAUAGAAACAAUAAUGGGUGAGCAUCCAAGUGAGAUCAUCUUAAUGUUGUCGACGCUCUUCAGAGAAGACAUUAUGCUACAUCAAAUAUUGGACCCGCGCUUGCCAAUCCCAAGAGAGAAUUCUGUUGCAAGAAGUAUCGUUCUAGUAAUAUCUUUGGCACUUGCUUGCUUAAGUAGCGAUCCAAAGUCACGACCCACAAUGAAACAGGUUUCGGAAGUUUUUCUAGCUCCAAAACUAGCGUUGGCCAAGCCCUUCCAUUCAAUUUCACUUGGGCAGCUCCAAGGAAAUAAUCGAGCAGUAUGGGUGGAAGGCGGAUCAACAGAAUAUUCGUCAAGCCUACAAGAAGAGCAAGGACCGUGAAGUACUUGCCCCAAAACAAGCAAAUAAGUUCCACCAAGUGAAGAGUCGGUUGAUAUAUUGGUGCUGUAAAUUGGUGAAUGUGGUUGAGGACUUGAAGUAUGCUGCUUAUGCAAUUUUAAUUAUGCCAAACACUUUUUUAUACUAGCUAGGCUAAAAUCUUCCUAGGUAGCAGUUACUAAGGAGUGAAGCAUUU